GAUUCAACUUAUCAAAAGAUCUUUAUAUUAUUAGAUUUAGAUUUUCAAGGAUAUUAUUAUCACAUUGUAAGAAAAUUAAGUCUUAGAAAAAGCAUUACCGUGUCUAGUAGUGAAAUUGAUCUUUCCUUUAAAGAAAGCCUUUGUAAGAAUUUAAAUAGAAAACUUCAGGAGAAUGUAUUUGAUACAUAG